AUGAACGUCAACAAGAAGCUCGACCGGUUCAAGCAAUGGGCGGGAGAGCGCAUGGGCGGAGAGGUCAAGACGAACACGUCGGAAGACUUCAAGAUGCUGGAGACGGAGAUGACCUUGAGGCACGACGGCAUGGAAAAACUACACAAGUCCAUGAACAUGUACAUCAAGUCCCUCUCCAAGCGCAGCGAAGUCGAAGACCGCGAGAAGACCUUGCCAGUCGCCUACCUGGGCUCGACCAUGAUCAGCCACGGCGAAGACUUUGAGCCGGAUUCAGAGUUUGGCAUGUGUCUGUCCGCGAUGGGCCGAGCGAACGAGAAGAUCGGCCGCAUGCAGGAAUCGUACGUAGCCAACGCUACCUCAAGCUGGCUUGAGUCGCUGGAGCGGUCGUUGGCUCAGAUGAAGGAAUACCAGACCUCCCGCAAGAAGCUCGAGCAACGCCGCCUUGCGUACGAUGCCUCCCUGGCCAAGAUGCAGAAGUCGAAGAAGGAGGAUUUCCGGAUGGAAGAAGAACUGCGUUCCCAGAAGGCCAAAUACGAGGAGUCUAGCGAGGACGUGUUCCGUCGGAUGCAGGACAUCAAGGAGGCAGAGGUGGAGAGCGUGACAGACUUGACGGCUUUCGUGGACGCGGAGCUGGCCUACUACGAUAAGUGCAGGGAUGUCCUCGUGCAGCUGAAGCGAGACUGGCCAGCGAAAAGUGCCAAUGGAGCAGACUCUCGCGAUGCCCGCCGAGCUCCCCGCUCUCGCUCCAACACGACCUACAGCGACCGCUUCACCAGCGUCGAAAACGACCACGAAUCCGUCCCCAAGUCGACGAUCCCCCGUCUCCCAUCCCGCAGCACAACCCAACGCACCGACUACUUCGACUCCGAGCCCCCAGCCCCCGCUCUCCGCCCCAAGAUGAACCGCUCCAUAACACACGACGCCCCCUCCCCGACUCGGCGCCGCGACAUCUCUCCACCCCCAAUGCCGCGCAUGUCGCGCGUCCCAACCGAGCCCUCCAUCCUCCUCGCCAACCGCUCCCAGCUGCGCCCCGUCCGCAGCCGCGGCAACCCCAACCCCGCCACCGUCUUCGACGACCCCUCCGACGACUCCGCGCUGCCGGACAGCAGCAGCCCGACGGAGCGGUCGUACGGGCGCGCGAGGUCGAUCAGCCCGGCGACAUCAUAUGGCAGCGGGAUGUCGAGGAAUGCGAGUUGGUCUACGUCCGAGACGCCGGCUUCAGUCGGGUCGGCGAAGAAGGCUCCACCGCCUCCUCCACCGAGUAGGGCCAAGAAGCCACCGCCGCCGCCGGUUAAGAGAAGUGCGCUUAGUAGUGCUGAGGGGGCUUAUGAUUGA